UUGUCACAUUUCGUUCCACGUGUAUUCUGUUUUCUGACCAUGUCUGAACAGCCGGAUAUUAAUGAAAAGUUGGAUAGUAUUUUAAAGAAGAUUGAGGCUUCUAAAGCAGAUAUUUUCCGAUCUGUUGACGCAAAGUUUGCUGGUCUGAAUGAAAACUACGCUCGCACGUGUCAAGAACUUUCUAAGUUGAAGUCAGAAAAGGAUUUUGUGUGGAAGCACGAGGGACACAGAAUUCAGUAUUCUUUUAACUCAGAUACAAUCGACGGUUUAAAGCAGAUGAAAUUUGCUUUACAAUACGGAAAGGCCGAUUAUCUAAGUGAGCUUUUGGAGUCUGAGAUCAACAGAGUUGAGAAGAGAAACAAACUCAUCAGGAUUGCUGAUACGUCCGAGGGAGGCUGGGAAACAGUACGUGAAUAUGAAGCCAACGUUCUUGCUGACAACUCUGACGAUGAGAGGAGGAUUUCACGCGCGGACACCAGGGCCGUUAAGAAGCUCGAGAAAAAGAAAUCGAAAACUUUCCGAUUCGCACCUUAUUCCAGGCCAUCAGCGACUGUCACCCAGUCUACCCUGUGCUCUGGCGUUAGCAGUCUGUCUUCUCCUUCCCAGCAGCCCUUUCGUGCUCAGCGACGAGGCACGUGCUUCGCAUGCGGAGACCCAACACACUGGAGGAGAGACUGUCCGUCUGUCACCGGGAGACCUCAGCGAGACAGCAGGGUCGUUGAAGACAGAAAGCUCAACGCCUAAACACGGUAUUAUCAAUUGUGUGUACCAUGAUGCUAUCAGUAAGCUGCCUGCGAGUCUUAAGAGUGAGGUGUCGUCUUUAGCAGAUCUAUUAGAUGAUGCAAGGGCAGCAUCCACUUCUAGAGCGUACGCUUCUGGUUUUCAGCGUUUUAAGGUUUGGGCUCAGUCGCAUGGGUUGUCUGUUGUUAUCCCUAUCGCUCCUUUGUAUUGUGCAUUGUAUUUGCUGUCUCUUAUACAAAACAGUUCAAGCAUUUCGCCUAUAGUGACCGCAUUUUACAGUAUACGAUAUGCUCACGUUAUUGUCGGUAUACCUAGCCCCACCGACAACACCCUUGUGAAAAAUGUUUUAGAAGCAGGCAGGCGAAGACUUUCCAAGUCAGUUGUCAAGAAAGUGCCUGUGACAAGUGAACAUGUAAGAGCUUUGUUCCAAGCAUUCAGUUGCAAAACAUGUUUAAAGGAAAGUAGAA